UCCAGCCCCGAGAAACAGCGCCGGGAGUGGGAGUGGGCGCAGGCGCACGCGACCAAGGAGCGACCGAGACACGUGCUCUGCAUUUGAGUCUUUGGGACUCUCGGCUGUGGGCUCCCCUGCCGCGACAUGAAGACCAAGCACGUGAACCUGCUGAUCAGCAUCACUACGAUCAUGCUCUUCAACUUCUCCUGCUUCUGCAUCUGGAGGAUGACUCGAAUCAAUAAUCGGUUAACUAAUUGUAGAAACCAUAUGUUGGAGUUUAAAGAAAACAUGAUCCAUUUAAAGAAAAAAACAGAGAAAAAUCACCAAGACCUGAGGAAAGUCUUAAAUAAAAUAAAGUAUCCAGAGCUAGAAAAUGUAUUAAGAAGCUCAGUGCUGGCCCUUGUAUCAUGGGACCUACAGAAAUCGGUUGAGAAGGAAGUUGAAGCCUUCAGGAAGAAUGAAACAGUACCUAAUAAUACAUUUGAAGAUUUAAAGAUAUUUUUUCCUCAUCUAAAGAAAGAAGGCAGGCUUUAUCCUGAUGUAAUCCUUGCCAAAGAGAAAACAGGCGUUUCCUUUGCACUGGGCAUUUCCAUUGCCAACAGAAGAAGUCACAGUUACCUGAUGCAGACCCUGAGCACCGUGGUCUCUGGGAUGACUCCUGCGGAAGAGAAGGACUCGGUGGUUAUUGUCUCGGUUGCAGAUAGUAAUGAAGACUAUUUAUACUCUAUUGUUGACAUGAUUGCUCAAAAAUUCAAAAUGCAAGUGAUGUCUGGAUCUUUAGAAAUCAUUUCAAUACCUGCCUUUUUUUACCCAAACACAUCAUAUGUCAAAAAAUCAACUGAGAACUCACAAAACCUAGAGAGUUGGCAAGUCAAACAAGUAUUGGAUUUUUGCAUUUUGAUGCUGUAUGCGCAGCCCAAGGCGAGGUAUUACUUACAGCUAGAAGAUGGUGUCAUAGCUAAAAAGAAUUACUUUACAACAAUAAAAAAUUUCAUGGAUGAUAUUUCUUCAAGUAACUGGUUUUAUAUUGAGUUCUCAGUGCUUGGAUUCAUAGGAAAGCUGCUUAGGUCCAAGGACUUACUUGACUUUGUACGUUUUUCUUUAAUGUUCUACAAAGAAAAGCCAAUAGAUUUGCUCUUGAAUGACUUUUUUCAGAUAAAGAUGUGUAACCCAGGUGAAGCUAUUGAAAAUUGUGCACAACGAAAGAAGCAAAUUUGUAUUCGAUAUAAACACUCUCUUUUCCAGCAUGUGGGUAUAUAUCCACCAUUUCCAGAGAAGAAUAAUAUUGCCAAGUAA